AUGGACAACAAAGAUGGAAUACCAGUCACUCGGCCGGACAAAAGCAAGAUUGUCCCUAUGACAAUCCUAUUUGUGGUGCUAUGUGGAUUUUCUUUCUAUAUGGGUAUAAUAUUUUGUUCUGAGGACAGAUUUUUGUCAAUAUAUGGCCAGAUAUCCAUUAAGUCCCCCAAGAAGUCAUCAAUAACUCCUCUGCAAAUUAAAUACAUUAGUUUUCCAGAAUGCAGCAUUGACUUUCAAGAUUAUACUCCAUGCACAGAUCCAAGUAGAUGGAAGAAGUACAUCUCCCGUCAGCCUACUUUGUUGGAACGCCAUUGCCCUCCAAAAUCUAAGAGGAAAGAAUGCUUAAUUCCUCUCCCCGAUGGUUAUAAGCCUCCAAUUAGAUGGCCAAAGAGCAGAGAUGAAUGUUGGUACAGCAAUGUUCCGAAUGAGUGGAUUAACAAGCAGAAGUCCGAUCAGCAUUGGUUGAAAAGGGAAGGCGAGAAAUUCAUAUUUCCUGGUGGGGGUACUAUGUUCCCAAAUGGUGUUGGUAAAUAUGUUGAUUUAAUGCAAGAUCUGAUCCCAGAAAUGAAAGAUGGGACCAUUCGAACUGCCAUUGAUACAGGCUGUGGGGUUGCUAGCUGGGGUGGUAGCUUGCUGGAUCGUGGGAUUCUAACUCUCUCUCUCGCACCAAGAGAUAACCAUCGAGCCCAGGUUCAAUUUGCUCUAGAGCGUGGUAUCCCUGCAAUUCUUGGUGUCAUUUCUACACAGAGACUUCCAUUUCCAUCAAACUCCUUUGAUAUGGCUCAUUGCUCCAGAUGUCUAAUCCCAUGGACAGAAUUUGGUGGUAUUUAUCUCCUUGAAAUACACCGGAUUGUUCGUCCUGGAGGAUUUUGGGUCUUGUCUGGUCCACCAAUAAAUUACAAGCGCAGGUGGCGUGGAUGGAAUUCAACUCUUGAAGCACAAAUAUCAGGCUAUGAGAAGUUGCAGGAUUUGCUGACUUCAAUGUGCUUUAAAAUGUUCAAGGAAAAGGGUGACAUUGCUGUAUGGCAGAAGUCUCAAGAUAACAAUUGCUACAGUAAGGGAGUUAGAGAUACCUAUCCUCCUAAAUGUGAUGACGGCACUGAACCAGAUUCAGCUUGGUAUACUCCAAGUCGUGCCUGUAUUGUGGUUCCAGAUCGUAAGUUUAAGAAAUUAGGUCUGUCAUCCAUUUCUAAGUGGCCUGAGCGGUUGCAUAUUCCACCAGAACGUAUUUCAAUGGUUCAUCGUGGGACUGCUAAAGCUUUCAAACGUGAUGACAGUAAAUGGAUUAAGCAGACUGCGUACUAUAAGAAGUUAAUCCCUGACCUUGGGACAGACAAGAUAAGAAAUGUAAUGGACAUGAACACAGCAUAUGGAGGUUUUGCUGCAGCCUUGAUCAAUGAUCCUGUAUGGGUCAUGAAUGUGGUCUCAUCUUAUGCUACUAAUACACUCCCCGUGGUUUUUGAUCGAGGUCUUAUUGGAACAUUUCACGACUGGUAA